AUGAAGCUUUGGAUUGUUUUAUUAGCAACUUUUCAAAUUGUCAACGGACUUAAUUAUAAGGAAACUUUUGAUUCAUUAGUGGAAAGUAUUUGGUCUGAUUUUUGGUAUGAUGAUAAAUCAUCUUGGAGUUCAAACAACAAAUGUGUUGAUAAAUUCAAUUAUCCUGUUGUUUGGGAUCAAGCAGUUGCAGGAAGAGCUAUCACUGAACAUUUAGAUCAAGAUAAGAUAAGAUCAGUAGUAAAUAAUUUGAAAGAUUAUUUAAAUUCUGAUGGAUGGUUUAGUUCAAGUACUGCUAAAGAUAAUGAUGUCUACAUUGAUGAUAACGCUCAAGUAUUAUGGGUAUUAGUAGACGCUUAUCAGUUUAUUGGUGACGUGGAAUGUUUAAACAUUGCAACCAAAUUAAUGUCUAAUAUAAAAGGACAACAAAUUCAAGGUGGGGGAGUGAGGUGGAACUUGAAUGGAGAUUAUGUGGCCUCUAUUUCAACCAGUGAAGCCGCUCUCGCUGCCGUUAGAUUAUACCAAGUUAACAAUGACCAAUCAUUGAUUGAUUUUGCAACCAGUCAAAUGGAUUGGUUAUUUGAUAAUUUACAAGAUCCUAGUGAUGGAUUGAUAUACGAUGGGAAGGUUUUGUCUACAGGGAAUAUCGAUAAGGGUAAAUUAGUUUACUCUGUUGGUACAAUGGUAUCAACAUUAUCAUAUUUGAGUUCUUUGACAGGUGAUUCCAAAUAUUAUUAUAAAGCAUUAGAUUUAUUAAAUUCUGCAUUAAAUCCUAAAGGAGCAUUUUAUAACAGUGAUGGAACUUGGAAUAAUCCUUUAAAGUAUAGUCACUUGUUAUUCAUGGGGAUUUCGGACUUAAUUACAGUAUACACUGCAAGUAAUAAAGUUCAGUCAAGUCAAUACCAAAAGUUUAUUAGUGAGAUGGAAUUUCAAGCUAAUCAUAUAUUUGAAAAUUUACAAAUUGAUACCAAUAAUUAUGUUGAUAACACUAAGGUAUUCAAAGAUCUGGGAAAUUAUUGUAACGGGAAACCAGUAACUGGAUUAAUGGAUAAUGUUUCAGCAGCCCAAAUUUAUUAUGCCAUGUCUAGAGUAGCUUAG